UUGAUCAUCUCCUUCUUUAAUAAUUUGCCACGUGUAAUGGAUUUUUUUUGCUUUUUGUUUGAUCAUGUAAGUUUUGAUUUGAUUGAAGUCCGAUCAUCUUCUAGUUGAUCAGUUUUCUGUUUGAUAUUUUUCUCCCAAUUCUGAUCGUCUUUUAAUUUUGGGUUAUGUUUAGUGUUUGGUUGAUGAUCAAGCUGUUGUGCAUCAAUUAAACGUCGUCGUAUUUAUGUUGCAAUUAUAUGUAUUUGUUAUUGUUUUGCUUUGAAUUUGAGUAUAAUUUGAUGGGUAAGUUUUAUAUGUUAUUGUGAAUGCAUGCGUAUUAUUUUUUUCUGCUCCCGUUUUAGUGCAUUAAGGUAACCGAAUUUUAUGCAACUGAAAGGAAAUCUUUUAGUAUAACUUGUAAAAUUUUGUAUCACUGAGGUUAUGGAAUUUGUUAUUAUGAAAGAAAUUAGAUCAUCUAUUUUGAAAAGAUGAAAUUUAAGGUUAUUUCAAUUAUACCUUUUAUAGUAGAAUUGAAUUGGAUAGAAAUGUAGCACGAGAAUCAUACCAAACGUCGACUGAGAACUGCUUUUUGAUCAGGGAAUAAUGGGGAUUCUCUUAUUCUUUGCAGUGGCAGCAAAGUUUAUAAUAGCUGCUCCAUCUUUUUUUGUAUUUUAAAUAUUAACAUUAGUUAGGUUUAGGUUCUGGUCAUUGAAUUUGAACUGAGGGAGGGGUGAACGAAUAGCGAAGGCCAUAGUUUCAGGUGAGAAGAUAUGAUAAUACAUACUUUAUCUAAAAUUCUUAUGCAAGCUAGUAUUUUUUAUCCCCAUAAUUUAUUUUAGCAACUGGCCAGGUGUUUCAGUUUCAGUUAAGACAAGGUUAUACUCUCAUCAUAAUCUUUUCGUUGUUAAUUUCUAAACAUGUAUUGCCACCAAAUGACUUUUGUUUCUUAUGAUUUUAUUUCUAUUUUGAAAUAAUUCGAUUUUUCAUCUUUUGCAAAUACAGGAUGCUAAUUAUCACAGUUACUUAGUUUAAGCCAUUUUUGUUGGUUCUAAAUUGUGAACAACAGAUGGUGUUGCAGGCACUUUUGGGUUUUAUAGGCGAUUGAAGAACAGCUUUGAAUUUAAAUCUUCUGUUCUCUAUAGUAUAGAGUAGCACAUUUACUAUUUUGCAGUUGUUUAAGUUGCCUCAUCUUGGAUUUAUAUAGGUUAUCAGCAUGGAGGGGAAACUUGUACAUAUGACCUCGUGAUCAAUUAUCUGUCGAAUGCUUAUAUAUUUCAACCCCAAGGCCUUUUGCAGCUUUUUACCAAAGAAUAAUUGCGAGAAUUGGGCUUUACGAGAGUGUCUCCUUUCAUCUUAGGAUCUCUUCCUGUUUAUUAAGCAUGUAAAAAGCUUUGUCUUUUUUAAAUAUCAUCCCCAUCUAAUCUAGAGUAAUAAAUGUCCCUUAUGUAUCAUACGAGCUUCAAUAAUAUACUUGAGAUUAUGUCAGAUAGAAGCAUCUAUAUGUUACUUCCACUGGAACUUUUGUUUAUUAAAUCAGGGAACGAUCAUUUUAUUGUGGAAUUUUAGAAUUAUUUUGGAAAAGUUAUAUAUAUGAUGGUUUUGGGAUAUUGUGAAUUCAGGUGACCAGAAUGUGGGCCUACACUAUAGAUUUUUGAUUUGAUGCAAGCUUAACUUUUUCGGGGUUUGAUAAUUCAUGUAUAUAACUUGCUCUACUCUUCUCUUCUCCUCCUUGGUUCUUUUCUCCAUCAACCUUCCUUCUUUUUGAUGUUCAAAUGUGUGAGAAAUGCUGAUUUUGAUUUUGAGAGCAUCAUUGUAAAAUAAAUUUAUUUACAUCUUAUCACUUGAGGAGUGAUGCUUAAAAAACUUUUAGUGUCCUAUAGUAAUGGUAUACAAAUUGGAUGCAUUUCUUGUAAAGAUAGUUUAGUAUCCAUCUUAAGGAGAUUCAUUUUUUUUAAUCUGUCCAUCUCUCACUACUGGCUCAUCAAGUUCCUUUGAACAAAUGGUACUACAAAUUAGCAAAUUCUAUGGACUAAUCAGUAGUUUCUUUAUCUUUCUUCAAUUUUGAAAGGUCAUCUGCAGAAAUUAGUUGCUAGUUUUUUUUUUUUUGCAUAAUAGGGAUUCCUGUAAAUUAGACCUGAGUUCAAUGAUGUAUAUUUAUAGGGUACUACUGUGCUCAGAUAAUGUGGUUGUCUCUUUUGUUUUGGGUUCCUCGUCAACUUUUUUGGUGCAUUAAACUUGCAAAAUUAAGAAGUUAUAGACAGGUGAUGUCAACUCUCUGGAUUCGGGAUAUUUUUAAAGUUGAUCUAGGGGGAUAUGGGUUACAUAAAUGUGAAGGUUUGUAGCAUUACUUUGCCACAGAACUUUGAUGUGUGGUUGACCAUUCUUAUGUAUUGCUAAAUGAAGAAGGUUCCAUUGUAAAACAUCAUCUUUGGCAUUGGUUCAAAUGUUGAAGAUUUUUUUUUUUACCAAAUUAAUUAAUGUGCUCCCUUUACCAAGAGAAGGGAGUAAUAAUUUAGAUCCUCUAUCUACUUGUUUUUGCCUUAUCUUUUUUCAUCUUCGUUUGUUUUCCAGUUUUGAUGCAUGGCUGACUAUUCAGUUGAAGCAUUAAUUUUCUGUUUCCAACAGUUUGUAGGAUAACAAUUAGGAUUUUUGUCCAUUAUUGCAUAAUAAAACUUGGUUCUCUUUCGAUUUAGUAUGUACAUUUGGCCACUUUUCUUAAAUUUGUCUGCGUAUCCUAACAUUUAUCCUAUACUUGAAGUUAGCAUGCAGAAACUGUAUUCUUAAGUUAUCUCUAGAUUGUCUACGCUGUCCUCAUGUCCAUGUUAUUGGAACUACCAUUCUACAUCAGUUGUCUGUUACAUGAUACUAUAGCGCGUCUUGGUGAAUUUAUUCUUUUUGUUGCUGCUACCAUUUCGUUUUACAAUUCGUAUUCUUAUGAUAUUUUGAAGAGGUAUAAGCUUAAGAAGUCUUAGAACUCUGCUUAAUCUUGGGUCUUCCUUUCUUAAAUAAUUUCCACCACUAGUGUCUCAAUUUCUUCAGUUAGUCAUGUUUAUUAUCGUUGGAUUUUCUUAUUGCUCGACUGCCGUGUGUUAUAUCUUCUGCUCUUGCAUAGGUAUUUUCUUCAUAUAAUAUCUUUUUAAUCAUUUUUUGUUCUAAAACUAUUUUUUGUUAGUGUUGUUUUCUCUAGUUCUGUUCAUUCUAGCGAUAAUUUUUACUACUUAAAAUUUGGUGAUUAUCAGGGAGAUUGUUAAUGGUUUGAUAGGGACGUUUGAAUAUUUGUUAAGAAUUAUAUCUCACUUUUGGCUUUAGGAGGAUCCAAAUCUAUACCAAAAGCUGUAGAAAUAUUUUUGAGGUUAUGCUUCACAAUGUUAGUAACUUAAUUUUUUUGUAUACUUUCGUACCCACUGUCAAUAUAUGAUUCAUGUUUUUGUUUACUAAUGCUUUUGCCAAAGUUGGAUCCUUUGGUGUAUUGUGCUUCUUUCUCCCUUACAAUUUAUGGAAAGGUUAAGGAUUUUUUUGUUUUCAUUGAUGUCAAAUUUUCUCUUAGUUGGUAUUUCUUAUGGAUUUCAAAUCGAGUUCUUUUAGCUUCAGUGAAUGCCUGGAUUUGAUAGGAUCAAAACAGUCUUAUCUUCUUCCUCGGUGUGCCCCUAAAGAUGUCUCUUUCCUCUCAUGCAUAUAUCGAUUAGCUUAUACGUGUCUUGACCUCCUAAAUUGCAAGGCUUAAAAUUCGAUGUACCACUAAUUUGAAUGCAUAAUGGUUGUGGCUAUCUGCUUGAUUUGAUCUCACGUUGGGAUUCUCAACUUCGAAGGACCAGUAAUGGGGCAUAGACAUUUAUUCAACACAUCUCAAAUGUUCGAGAAUGAGCAGGAUCAGAAUUGGAAUCAGAUGUAUAUCGAGCAACCUUUUGCAAAUUUGGACAGGGAAGGUCCUGCAGAUAAUGGCUCCUUUUUUUAUCCCGCAGAAAAUAUGCCUGUUGAUGGUGUUCAUUUUACUUCCCAAUGGAACCCUUCACUAAUGUCAAAUACAUAUAUAUCCUCAAAUCAAAAUGUUGAAGUAUCAUAUUAUCAACCAGAUGCUUCAGGCCCAUCUCAUGACCCUUUUCUGCAUCCAACUGCUGGAACUUUUUGCACAGUUCCCGAAAAUCAUGCACGCCAUCCUUCUUCUUCUUCCAGUUAUGACAGACAACCAUUCCAUGGUGUUGAGAGUGGUCUUGUUGAUCUUACAGGGGGCAAUGUAAGAGGACUUCACAAACGAAAAAGCCCUGGUGUUCCUUCUGCAUGUGAAGGGAGCAGUACGACCAGAUAUUAUGGCGCCAGCAGUUCCUCUGAUCCUCCUCACUCUUCUGAGUUGCGGCAGGAGAAACCAAAUUUGGAUCCUCAAUACAUGGGCUGGGAAUGCCUUACAAUGACUCCUGGCCAUAGAGGAAAUCUCUCAAUUAGGCCUGAAAGUGCUGUCAGGAAUGUGAGGAAUAGGCCUGCGCUUGAUCUGGAAUCCAACUUAGCUAGGACCCAUUUAUCAAGAAAUUCUUCCCACAACUCUUAUCCUGUUGGCCGCCCCUUUGAGCAUUCUAGUUCGAUAGAUUUUUCAGGUCAAAGGUCUAAUGCUUUAUCUCAUGACUGGAGCCAUUCCAGAAUCUCUCCUGCUUCUGGAAGGAUGCUAAUGCCAGACAAUAAUGGUUAUAGUCAUGAGGCAAAUCAUUUUUUUGUUGGAAGCAGCGUAGCUAAUGCGUCUGUAGAUGUUAGGAGACAUCCCCAUGAUUUCGUUUCAAGUAGAAACCCUGUUGUUCAUCAAAGUCACCAUGGUUCUUCAGCACAUUCUGCAAGAGGUAUUCGCAGUAGUUAUUCUCAAAGACCGAAUCCGACUUUCAGGGCUUCCUCAAGUAAUUUACGCUCGGGGCAUGUAUCGCCUUCUGAUGAUAGCAUGCAGUUGGUUGCUGAAAAUUUCCCCUCCAGACAACCAAGGCUGUCAUCCACUAUAGCUUGGCGCAACAGUGACAUGAAUAGAUCCAGAGUUUCUUAUGACAGAUACAGAUCUGUAUCCAAUGAGCCAGGUCUUCAUGAUCGAUUUUCUUCUGAGGGUUAUAUGGUUUUGGACCGCUCAACCUAUUCUAGAAAUAUGUUUGACCAACAUAGAGACAUGAGGCUAGACGUAGACGAAAUGAGCUAUGAGGAACUACUGGCAUUGGGGGAAAGAAUUGGUUGUGUCAGCACAGGAUUGUCUGAAGAUCUGAUAUCCAAGUGCUUGACAGAAAAAGUAUAUUGUUCCCCUGGCCAAAGCCAGGACGAAGGAAAUUGUGUGAUUUGUCUGGAAGAGUACAAAGAGAUGGAUGAUGUUGGGUCACUGAAGAAUUGUGGUCAUGAGUAUCAUGUGAGCUGCAUCAAGAAAUGGCUAUCCAUGAAAAACUCAUGUCCAAUAUGCAAAGCUGCUGCUAUGUCUGAUGACAUGAAGCAAUAAGAUAAUCUUGUCAUUUAUCAUUCUUUUUCUUAAGUAAACUAUUUAUAUCAUUAUUGUAAAUAUAGUAGUACUUUGUCAAAAAAAAAAAAACAGAUAAACUGACUUUGUGUAGGAAAACUGUAAAUAAAAUGCUAGCCGAUGUCGAUCAAUUUCUUCCAGGCUCCCGUCUCAAAUUUGCGGAGCCUUCAUUAAGAUUAGAUGUUUUAUUA